UGCUUUUCUGUCAGAAACAUCGCCCAGCGAGCCGUCGUCCGUAGCUCGCGUCCGGCGCACCGAGGGAGUGAGGCCAAUGCGCCGGUCGCCAAGUGCCUGCAGAGCUCAUCUAUACACGCCCUCCCGCCCUCGUGCAGCUUUUCAACGCACCACCGGUGUCCGAACCACACUCACCACCACGAGCCCGACGACGGCGAAUCGCUGAGAUUGCCUGCCGUGUAACACCACUCACGAACUGACCCAAGCGGAGUGCCGCGCUUCCACUCCACCUGCAGCAUUCCUGCGGCUGACAUUUCUCGUCGACACGCCUUGUGCUACGCCGCCGAGCCAUUCAUCGGCCACGGCACCUCUGUCAGCCCGGACGUGCUGAAUGAAGGCGCGUUGCGGCGACGCGGUUUGAGCACUGGCACGAACACUUCUCCCAGGACGCUCCCAACACCUGCGACACGUCUCCAACACCUUCCUCAAUUGCAAGCACAGCGGGAUCGAGUUACCGCACGAAACACCUCGAUCACUAGAGCCUGCUUCCGAACAGCUCCAGAGCCGGACACCGACUCAGGCACUGCGGUCAUCCCAGCACCAGCCCUGCAGCCUCACCCCAGACCCAGCUGGGUCCCUGAUAUCGAGGCCUGCAGCGUCAUUAUCGCGUGUCCACCCUGGUCUCACUUUACUUGACACUUGCCCAUCAGUAGUCUCGAUCCUCCCAGACGACCAGUAGUUCCGGCGACUGCUCCUUCAACAACCCCAACCAUCCAACAUGGCGAGUGCAGCGAGAAUCCGCCGUAUGGACGACUUCAUCAUCAACCCGACCAUGUCUGCCGAUGCUCACAUCGAGGCCUCCGACAUGGCCUGGGCCAAAAGUCAAUUGGUCAUGCCCGGCAACAAUAAAGGCAAACAGCCAAUGUCCGAGCCUCACGAAUCCUUCGAUUUCUGGCCCACAUACACCUCCGAUGAAGAGGAAGCCUCACCUGUGGACGACGACUCUGCAAGCGAAUACUCAGUGUGUAGCGAGAUCUCCGUCGCUGAGGUCUUCGAAGUGCAGCAUCUCAGAUGUGCGCAACUGGUCUUGCUUCAAAACGCCGGAAAAGCCAGGAUGAUUGAGAUGUCGAAAGCUGCCCGCUCCCCGCGAAGCAGUCUCUCCUCCAGAUCAUCGAAGGCGAAGAGCAUCGAUAUUCCAAGGCCAAAUCUCUCACUUCGCAUGCCUCUGAACACUCGAACCAGCCAGGACAGCACCGGCUCAUCGAGUCGAAAUGCCUCUCUGUCAUCGACAACGCCAGAAUCGCCGUUGUCAACCGCACCAAGCUCGGUGUACGACGAGAUGGAGGAUGAGGUAAUCGCGAAACGGAAACAGAACCGGGUGUCACACAUCGACCUCAUGCAUGCCGUACGCGAUUUGCCUCAGACUCCAAUCACACCCAUCUCACCCGCACCACUUCCAGUAGCCAGGAAACUGUCGACCAACGCCCCAUCGACCAAGUCAGUACGGAGGAAACGCAACUUCGCUUCCGGCUUCGCAUCAAAGUUCGGUCGAAGAGAUCCUUCAGAAGACACCAUGGAGAGUGUGCUGGACCGCGUCGCAAGAGCCGAAGGCGGGCUCACACUGCAACGGCAAGGAGCACAACAUCGCUACUCCGGCGGCCGGCCCAAACUCGUGGCACGAGCCGCGAACGAACGCGCACCUCCGAUUGUGUUACCUCCGUUUCCGGGAGAGUAACAAUGUACGACCACGGAAUCGUGCGGCCAUGCAGUCAUGUUGGCUUUGCAGCAACGAGACGCGUGUUCGUUUAGCGCGGCAAAUCGCGCCUCUCAUCAGCACUACUGCAGCAGAAAAAGCGGACCUCUUCCGCUGCUGCCAGCAGUACCACCAUCUCGCACUCCGAAGAUGGCACAUCAUAUUAUUAUUGUUUACAUGCAUUUGCAGGCGAGGAGUCGGGGCGUUGUACCAUACUAUUUCCGACUCGACCACUUUCGCUUUAUUAUUGUUUGCUUGCGCGGAGUAAUGACUCUCUCAGAUACCCAUGGCAGGACGAGCCCGGAGUUUCUUCAUGGAAAAAGGUUAUUCAAAACAAGGGAAGAUAUACCGCGAUCCCAGUCGGAUGUUCACGACGCUACGCUCGCUGUUUGAGAAUUUUGGAAGAAGAAUGUCGACUGCAGAAUGAGAAGAUGAUGAAGAGAAUGUGUAUCAAUAGAGGAACUGCAGAGUCGCAUCUCACCUUAACGACGAUA